CUGCUUCACUGCACUUGGAUGCCUCACCACUGCCUUCAUUGCCACUCUCGGCCCACAAACGGGUAAGCACGACGGUCGACUCUUUUCAUGUCAUUGAUUUGAACUCUUCUAACCGGUAUGCGGGCAAAUAGGAUGUAGAACCAUGGUCAUCAGUCGUUUCAGCUUUGGUUAUGUCGGUGGUGUGAUCUUGUCCAUCUUCAACAUCCUUACUCAACUGGGUUUCAGUGUUACAUGUGUCGUACUUGGAGGACAAACGUUGGCAUCCAUCAACAACACCUUGCCUCUUCCCGUGGGUAUCGUCAUUGUGGCCGUUUGCGCUCUCAUCAUCUGCUUUUUCGGAUACGACCUCCUGCAUAUUUACGAGCGAUAUGCUUACAUUGUUAUCGCCAUCAUCGUUAUCAUGCUCUAUGCUCUCGGUGGAUCACCACCAGCAGGAUAUGACUUGGUUGCUCAGGCUGCUAGUGAGCCUACGGGUGCCAAUCUGGCUGCUAAUAUUCUUUCAUUUGGAGGUAUCAUGUUUGGCGCAGUUUCUGGCUGGAGUCCAGUGGCUGCUGAUUUCAACAUGCGAUUGCCUGCCGAUACUUCACCUACCUAUGUCUUCAUCCUCACUUUCUUUGGUGUCUAUAUUCCCGUUGUCUUCGUAUCCAUUCUGGGAGCUUGCUUGAUGACCAUUCAAAACCCAGAUUACACUACCGCUUACGGCGAGAAUGGUAUGGGCGCUUUACUAUCUCAAACCCUAAGCCCAUGGGGUGGUGGUGGCAAGUUUUUGAUGGUUGUCUUGUCUCUCUCUGUGAUUGCCAACAACGUCCCCAACACCUACUCCGCUGCCCUCUCCAUCCAAGCCCUCGGAAAGCCUUUCCAAAGGAUCCCUCGUUUUGUCUGGACUGUCUUGGUAUUCCUCAUCUACACUGUUGCCGGUAUUGUUGGACGGGAAUCCUUCAGUGCCAUUCUUUCCAACUUGCUAUCUAUCUUGUCUUACUGGACUGCUUUCUUCGUCGUUGUGGUUGCUGAAGAACAUUUCCUCUUCCGUCGUCCAUCCCAAGGCGGAUACAAUCUUGACGACUAUGCUACGCCCUCCAAGUUGCCUGUUGGUAUUGCUGGUAUCAUUGCCGGUUUGUGUGGUAUUGCUGGUGCAGUGAUUGGAAUGUCCCAAGUCUACUACACUGGUCCUGUCGCCAUCUUGAUUGGAGACGAAUUUGGAGGUGAUCUCGGUUUUGAGCUUGCUGCUGUCUUUUCCGGUGUGGUCUAUCCACCUUUGAGAUGGCUUGAGCGUAGACACUUUGGCCGAUAAAUGAAACAAAAAUAGGUUAUAGCUUGCUAGCCGUUCCUGUAUCCGUAAUAAUAAUGCAAUAGUCAUGCCAUAUCUUUUAAUAUAUAUCACAUAAACAUAAUACGUUCUCUUUGAGUUAU